UCAGAUAACAAUGGACAUUCUCUCCAAGCAAGAUAUGCCUAUAUAAAUUGUGCAAUUUGUUGUUAGCUGCCACAUUGAGAAAGAUUGCUUCUUUAGAUCUUCCGCGUUCUAAUUAUAAGCAUCCCAGUUAACUACUUGGUUGAAAAUGGCCAAGGAAAUGAUGAAGUCGGUUGCACUGUCUAUUCUGGUUUUGAACUUGUGCAUGUAUAUAAUCGUAUGUGCAACGGCAGGGUGGGCUCUUAAUAAGGCCAUCGACCAUGAAAUCAUCACAGGGGAGGGAAUUCCACUGCCAAACCCAUUGUGGGCGGUGUACUUUCCAAUGGGAAAUGCGGCCACUGGAUUCUUCAUAAUCUUUGCAUUGAUAGCAGGAGUGGUGGGAGGUGCUUCAUGCCUUUCUGGGCUUCAUUACUUAGGCUCAAGGACAGAAAAUGGGUUGGCCUCUGCUGUCUCAGCUGCUCUCACAGCCUGGGGUCUCACUCUCUUGGCCAUGGGAUUGGCGUGGAAGGAAAUCGAUUUGCACGGUAGAAACUCGCGUCUGAAAACGGUGGAGUCAUUUGUAAUAAUUCUGUCUGUCACACAACUGUUGUAUGUACUUGUUGUCAUCCAUUCGCAUCGUUGAAUAGAAGAACGUACGAGGGUAUCAGAUUGAAAAGUGUUUACUUCAAUGGUUGAAACCAUUACCUAUGUUUUAGGUUCUUGAAAACCAAAAGUAAGACCAAUUUGAAGUUUCCUUUAGCAUUGUUUAAGAGUGUCAGAAUUGUUGUUACUUUAUUUUUGUAUUUGUCUCCGUUGGAAUUGUCUAGAUUCUCUUGAUAGAAGAUUCUUCAAAGCUAUGUGGAUAGUUAAUUUUUUUAAAUCUAAUAAAAGACUUAUUAUUUUAUUUUUUUAA